GAACGAAAGCCGAUCUUGUUCCUUUCGUAAUCAAUGAUCACCGCGAGCCGUUUCGUUCGGAGUUCCUCUUCUAAGUUUAUCCAUCGAAAACACCACUUUUCGUGGAUCUUUGUCGUUGUAGGACGAAUCGUAUCAUCUCGUUUGGCAUAACGGAGUAGGUAAGUUUGUGUGAACCACUUCAGCCCAGAAAUAAAAAUGAGUUCGAGCGCCUGUUAUAAAUGUAAUCGUAUGGGCCACUUUGCACGGGAGUGUCCACAAGGUGGUGGUGGAGGCAGAGGUGAUCGCGGACGCGACCGAGACGGCGGCUUUGGACGUGGUCGAGAGAAGUGCUUCAAAUGCAAUCAAUUUGGACACUUUGCACGUGAAUGCAAGGAGGAUCAGGAUCUCUGCUAUCGCUGCAACGGUGUCGGUCAUAUAGCGAAAGACUGUCAACAGGUUAGUGGGCCGGAGCUGAGUUGUUACAAUUGCAACAAGACUGGUCAUAUGGCGCGCAGCUGUCCGGAGGGUGGCAAUGAUUCUGGACGUUUCGCAAUGCAAAGCUGCUACAAUUGCAACAAGACCGGCCACAUCGCUCGCAACUGUACCGAGGCUGGUGGCAAGACUUGCUACAUUUGUGGCAAGACUGGUCACAUAAGCCGUGAAUGCGAUCAGGAUGACAGGAAGUAGGAGAUCCUAACCGGAAUCCGUGCCGCUCGCUUAACGAUAACGACAACCCGUUUACCGUCGCGCGCGCCACUACCGGGGAUUGUAGCUAGAUAGGGAUGUACGGACGUAAGUCGUUAACGUAUAUCUCGUUGACGCGUACAAUUCACAGAGGACGCGUGUCGUCGUCGCCAUUGAUGUCAAUGUCAUCGUUGAUUGUCAUAUUGCAUAUGACGCGUUCGAUGUCGCUGGCGGCGUUGCCAUCGUGUCAUCAUAAUCAUCGUAAUCGUUCGGAUUUCCAUCUCUCCAUGCUCCCAACUCCUGGAGGCUAGCCCAUCCCUCAAAGGCCCUCCUCGCCCCUAUUCCUAAUCUCCUUCCCCUCUUUGCCCACCGUUGUUCUCUUCGCAAGGAAUUUUUUUUCUUAAUGAUGUCUUUAAGUUUUUAUUGCUGUUACACACCAAUGCCCUUCAUAAGCGCAUACUUGGGACUACGUGUGAAUGAGCAUAAAGUUCAUUGUACGAAAAAUUUGGCAACAAGUUUAUAUUUACACGUAUAUGAUACACCUACACCACAUAAAGACAUUGAUACACAACACGUGUCACGCGACAUACACACGUAUGUAAUAAUAUUAUAAACAUUCUCUUAAAUUAGAGUAGAGACAUGAGUCCUUUGUCCCCCUGACUUUCAAAUUGUCUUGUACGUGCAUUGUUUUCUAAUGCAAGAUGUCUGGAUUUUCGAGAAGUUCAUAUGUAGCCUCGCAAGAUUCGGCGCGUGGUUGGCGAUCUUGCGCGGUUUCAAAUAUGUGAAACUAACGCUAGAUUUUGCGCGAUUCGUGAUUCACGGCUUUUGAUUUCAUUGAAACACUAUAUAAAUAGUGAAUUGCAAGCUAGAAAUGGCGCGAAUCGCGUAUAACCUGGGGCUAGCUUAACGCGCAAGAUUCCAUCCACGCGCUGUCUAGACGGCUCUCGCAUUUGUACGAAUCAAGUAAAUUUUAUCAAACGACUGAUAUGAUUAACAAUAAAAAAAAAAGAUAGAUAUCGCCAUUCGGCGGCAUGUUAACAGAGAGGAACGUCUUCGCCAUAUUGACACGAUUCAUGAACAAGUCAUAAGGCACAGAUUCACGUCGUAUCACUUUUCGCAUCCACGCAUCUUGUAUUCUCCGGUCCUCCCUCUCGAACUCUCUAGCCGACACUCAUGAAUCGACAAAUGAAGGAAGGAAGAAAGGAAAGAAAGAAAGAAAGAAAGAAAGAAAAAAGGAUUCGGAAGCGAACGCGGGCAAAAGGAAAAAAAAUAUGCGAGAUACACAUGCCGGCCCUGGAUGCAUAAAAAUAAGAUGUAGUAACGCUAAUUUUUAAUGUGUAAGGAUGUAAUGAGGAUCUCACCCGAGCUGUUAUAUCGAUUUUGCGUUUUUUUUUUUUCUUUCUUUUUAUAUAUACGACUCGUCUAGUUUCGUAUUAGGUACGAACCAAGGGAAAUAUAGCUAUAGGAUUGUCAGUGUUUACAGGUUUAUAUGCAAUUAUAAUCACAUCCUCGUACUUCGACGAAGUAGGGCGAAAGAGAGAAAAAGAAAACUCGUGCGUUUUCUUCGAUUUUUUCUGAACGUAAAAAAAAAAGAGAUACGUUGCGAUUAAUAUCAGUAAGAUACGUCCGAAAUGGUCGCUACAUCGAUAUAUGUGUAUAUAUACAUAUAAACACGGUGAUCUGUACACAAAAGUUGACACAUUUUGUACGUACAAUCAUAAUUGUUAAUGACAAGACUAUAGACUCAUAUUGUUCAUAUUGUCGCCGGAUUGUUAGUGGGCCUGCGAUAAAAGUGGAGGCCACAGGAGGAAGUGUACCAACCUUACUAUAUCCUUACAUGUUGCUGAAAAUACUUCGUUACUAGCUAUAUGUAUAUAUAUAUAUGCACAUAUGUGUAUACAUAUAUUUAUGCAUAUGUGCAGGAGCUGUAUUUUGUACUGUAAAAAGCUAGCUUAUACUCUGGUCGUUGCUGGUGACUAAUUCCGAUGAUACGAUUCUCCUUUGUAUUUCCACGAGAAAAAAAAUUAUAUUUUUCAUGUGUAUAGAGUACAUGCCGAGAUUGAAUACUCUUUUUUUUUUUGUUUUUCCUAACUCAUAAGUUGUAGGAACAAAAUUUUUAUAGAUGCGAUCGAAGAAAAGGAAAUUGACUGAUCGGGGAGAAAAGAAAGAAAAAUAAAGCUGUUCCCUGCCGCAUGCAGAAGGGACGCGACCACUUUACGCUUGACGCGAGUACAAAGCGACAUUGUUUCUUAAACGAAAAGGAAGAGGAGAAUGCGAGCGCGCCUAGCAAACACGACGAAAUUAUGUUAAUAAGAGCCGCGAUCCGUUCGAUCGUGGCGCGUCAGUGUUCAUGAAGAAUAAGAAAAAAAAAAAAACGCAACGCGAGUACACACAGCACAACGCAAUUAGGAUAAGACGUGAUUAGAUUCCCGAAUACUUUUUUGAAAUGAAAGUCCUGACCACGUUUACGCCAAGUAGCCUCAGCGCGCGAUACGCAGUAUCAAUUCGAUCAUCCGGAAGCCGGACGGCGGGUCUCUGCAAGCCCAAAGGAAGGCGGAUCGCGUUCGCGAGCUUCCGUGGUUUUACCAGCAGCGACAAUUGUGUAUUAACGUUCAGAAGCCAGGCGUGCCUGACUGUCUCUCGGUGGAAGGAAGGCCCGGGCCGCCGUCCGCCUCCCGGGGUCGACGGCGCACCCGGAGGUGUUUCUUAUAGUAACCCAGGUGUCCUGCAGCAAUUUUAUACACUUACCACACUGUUCGGGGACUUAAAAAAAUGCCGGAUCUCAUUGCGUAGCUUCGGUGUGCUAGUGCUCACGACGAGACUUGGAGAGGAUCAAACAAAUUGUACUUCGCUAUAUUGGACCUUCGCGUACCUCUGGCGUUACCAACGCACGGACACACGUCGGACCAAGAAUUCCGAACAAUGCGAGGUGUCUAGACGUACUGAAGAGUCGGGAUAUCCAUCGCGUUUGAUCCUCGAGGAUCAUCUCGUUCAUCCGUCAUCUCGGUCGAAGACUCGAUUCCUUUGCCUCUCGAUUUAGAGAAGAGAUAAAGAUCGAGGGCACGAUCGAUGUUGGAUAUCCCGGUGCUAUAGACGUUGUUAGACUUUUCUCAAAUUUUUAUACCGUCUGGUUGAGAACGUAAAAGAGUACACAUCACGA